AUGGCUCAGCACUGCCGUUCGCACCAGUGCAAGUAUCUGAUUCACCAGAAUGAGAUCGACUUCAAUAUCGAAGUGACCUUGUUCAGCGCCCUGUUCGAGGUCCUGGCGCAGGUACAUGACAACAGCGGACUGCAGUUCCGGGAUAACAUCGAUGCUGCCGAGCAGUACGUCAAUCCAUUCAGGUUCCCGCCUGGCAGUUUCAAGAACGCGUACUGUGGCCGUGAUAAAUCGGACCAUUGCAUUGUCGAUGCCUUCCAUCUCAUCGUUGAUUUGCCGCACGAUCUCGACGGCAAGUCCGCUUGCUACAUCGCUGAGCACUUCCUGCUUAUCGCGGUAGUAAUUGUAGAACGUGCCGUUUGCAAGGCUGGCAUGGUCGGUGAUGUCAUUGAUGCGGGUCGCCUCAAAACCCUUGUCAGCGAAAACGCUGAUUGCGCUGUCCAGAAGUGCUGCACGGGUGCGUUCUCGCUUACCCCGUGUAGCGGUUUGGUUCUGGAAGAGGCUGUGGCUGGAAUUGAUGUGAAAAUAUUUGAACAGCCGCCUGUACUUAUUGUUGGCGCUGGGCCGGUCGGCCAACUCGCCGCGUUGCUGCUGUCAUAUCACGGUAUUCCGUCGCUUCUGGUGGAUAAGCGGUUGGCGCUCCUCACUGCGCCGAAAGCACACGCGGUAAAUCCCCGCACGCUGGAGAUCUGCGACUCCAUUGGUGUCAGCGCUGAACGCUUGAGGUUGUUGGGGGCGGAUGCCAAUGAUGCAGGAGACGUACGUUUUGUUGGCACCCUGUCCGGGCCGGAGUUUGGAUCCUUACCUUAUGAGCGACAGGAUGCAGGUGCCUUGCGCUAUACGCCAUACCCCUUAAGCAAUAUUCCUCAGCCGCGUUUUGAGGAAGCGCUAAGCAACGUCAUCGCUGGCGAUGCGAACAUACAGUUCAGCCGUGGUGUUGAGUGCGUUCAACUGGUCAAUGAGGGUGAGCGGGUGGUGGCAGAAUUAAGAAAUGUGCAAACGGGCGCUCGCGAUACAAAAUCUUUAGCGUAUGCGAUAGCAACCGAUGGCGCGGGGUCAUCCACGCGCGAUGCUUUAGGCAUCCGCAUGCAAGGUCCGGAAGCCCUGCAGGACUUCCUCAUGCUUCAUUUUACGGUAGAUCUGCGGCCCUUCACUCAAGGUCGGCCUGGUGUGCUCUAUUUUUUGUUUGCCCCAGAUGUUCGCGGCACGCUCAUUGCUUACGACCAGGCUCAUACGUGGGUGCUUAUGUAUCCGUGGGACCCGAAGUCUGAAAAGCUUGAUGACUAUGAUGACGAACGGUGUCGAUCUGCACUUGCGCAGGCGGUAGGUCAGCCGGUGCCGGGAGCUAUUGUCGAGAAUGUCAGCCCCUGGAGCAUGUCUGCUCAGAUUGCACAGGAAUAUAGGUCCCAACGGAUAUUUAUCGCGGGUGAUGCUGCGCACCGGUUCCCGCCAGCGGGUGGCCUUGGCUUGAACACCGGUGCCGGUGAUGUCCAGAACCUUACCUGGAAGCUGGCUGCUGUAUUGCAAGCAAGAGCCGGCAGUGGACUGUUGGAUACCUAUGAAACUGAACGUGAGCCAGUGGCACGUACCAAUAGUGAACAAAGUCUAAAAAAUGCAUUCAGGCUCUUCGAUCUUUUUACAGCCCUACAUGGCACAGAGCCAGACAGCAUUGCUGAGCAUUAUGCUUGCGUUGUGGCGGAUCCAGCGGCCUGCAGUGCACUUGCUGAAGCCGUUGCUGCGCAAAAACCGCACUUUGAUAGCUUUAACCUGCAACUUGGCUAUCGCUAUACCCGCGGGGCUAUAUACCGGCCUGCACCGGCACCGGCACUGACAGAUGUGUCCGAUUACCAGCCAUCCUGGGAUGCCGGUGCCCACUUCCCGCAUCGUUGGGUAACCGUAAAUGGCACCCGGCAGGCAUUGCAACAGUUGCUGCCGGCCAAUCGUUUUACGCUUAUGUACGGACCGCAUGCGCCCCGGAUGAACUGCGACAAUUACCUGCAUGAGAUUCGCUGGGGGGCAGAUUUUCUGGAUGAUAGUGACUGGGCUGAACAGACCGGACUGCCCCAUGCCGGUGCAUUUCUCAUACGUCCAGACGGACACAUUGCAGCGCGUUUCGAGCAGCUUGCUGAUGAAGCUCUGGCGAAUGUGAUGGACUUUGUUCUACAUCGGGAGAAGUGA